AUGGUUGCCGAGAAGAAAAAGAAGAAGAAGGAUGUUAAAAUCUUUGCAUUUUCUGUUUUUGCGAUCUUUUGCUUCAGAAUUACCAGUAUAAAUGCUAUCAAAUUACCGCAGGAUGAAGUCGAUGCUCUGCAGCAAAUCGCCAACACAUUGGGCUCCAAGUACUGGAAAUUUAAUGCCGAAGAUUGCAAGGUCGAAAAGGUGGGGCUAACAGAGACUCCUCCUUCAACAGCAAAGCAAGAAAUAGAAUGUGAAUGCAGUCCCACGAACGACACUGAUUGUCAUGUCGUCAAAAUUGCAUUCAAGGAUCAUAAUCUUCCAGGAACUCUUCCUCCUGAAAUAACUAAGCUUCCAAACCUCCGGGAGAUAGACUUUGCCUACAACUACCUCAAUGGGACUAUACCACUUGAAUGGACAAUGACAAAGCUAACAUUUAUCUCUCUUCUUGUAAAUCGGCUGUCAGGGGAAAUUCCAAAAGAGUUGGGAAACAUGACUUCACUAACUUAUUUGGAUCUUGAGUCAAAUGCCUUAUCUGGAACCAUUCCUCAGGAGCUUGGGAACUUAGUCCACUUAGAAAAACUAUUGCUUUCCUCCAACAAUUUGACGGGUAAUUUGCCAGCUUCGUUAUCUAAACUACAGAAUAUUUCAGAUUUUAGGAUUAACGAUCUCCGACUCAGUGGAACGAUACCUACUUACAUAGGAAACUGGAAGGAACUGGAGAGACUCGAAAUGAUUGCAUCUGGCCUCACUGGGCCAAUCCCAUCAGUCAUCUCAUCUCUAAGCAAACUUAAAAAUCUGAGGAUCAGUGAUAUAGGUGGACCAGUCCAACCAUUCCCUUCGUUAAAGAACUCAACAGAGUUUACUAAGAUCAUAUUGAAGAACUGUAACCUUUUUGGAAAAAUUCCUCCUUACCUUUCAAGUUUAAAGAACCUGGAGACACUGGAUUUGAGUUUUAACAAGUUGGUUGGGGAAAUUCCGACUUUUGCGCAGGCAGAGAAUCUACGGUUUGUAAUUUUGGCUGGAAACAAGCUCGAGGGAGAGGCUCCAGAUGAAUUACUAAGGGAUGGAAUCACUAUAGAUCUUUCUUAUAAUAACCUCAAGUGGCAGAGUCCUGAGAGUCGUUCUUGUCAGCCAAACUUGAACCUGAAUCUAAACUUGUUCCAGAGCACUUCUACAAAAAAAUCGAGCAAAUUUCUGCCAUGCAUCAACGACUUUAAAUGUCCUCGAUAUUCUAGCUGCCUCCAUGUGAACUGUGGUGGAAGCGAACUAACGGUAACAGAACACAAAAGCAAUAUUAUAUACGAAGGAGACGGAGAAGCUGAAGGUGGUGCUGCAAAGUAUUUUUUGAAGCCUAAUGCUUAUUGGGGAUUCAGCAGCACAGGGGACUACAUGGACGACAACAAUUUCCAAAACACAAGAUUCACCAUGUUUGUCCCGACAUCUAACCUCUCUGAUCUUUACAAAACAUCAAGAAUAGCUCCUGUGUCCCUCACUUACUUCCACGCCUGCUUGGAAAAUGGAGGAUACACUGUAACUCUGGACUUUGCUGAGAUGCGUUUCACCAACGAUGAAACCUAUAGCCGGCUUGGGAGGCGUGUGUUCGACAUUUACAUUCAGGAGAAAUUAGUGGUAAAGGACUUCAACAUCAUGGAUGAAGCCAAGGGAGCUCAAAAACCUACAAACAGAUCAUUUACUGUCAAUGUAACAAACCACUUUUUGGCCAUCCGGUUUCGUUGGGCUGGUAAAGGAACUACCAGGAUUCCUACUAGAGGUGUUUAUGGUCCUCUCAUUUCGGCUAUUUCCAUACUUUCAGAUACUAAGCCGUGUGCACCACCGGGGAGUGGAUUGAGCGUGGGAGCAUAUAUUGCACUUGGAGUUGGAAUCCCAUUUCUUAUUAUCUUACUACUUGGAUUUCUUUGGUUUUGUGGCUGCCUUCCAAGAUGCUGGCAGCGAAGAGAUCCUAAUGAAGAAGAGUUGCCAUCUGGAACUUUUACAUUAAGGCAAAUAAAAUUUGCUACGGAUGACUUCAAUCCAAAUAACAAGAUCGGAGAAGGUGGUUUUGGUGCUGUCUUUAAGGGUACGUUAUCAGAUGGAAGAGUUGUAGCAGUUAAGCAGCUCUCAUCUAAAUCGAGACAAGGGAACAGAGAAUUUCUAAACGAGAUAGGCGCAAUCUCUUGUCUUCAACAUCCAAACCUCGUCAAGCUUCAUGGCUUCUGCGUCGAGCGGGCUCAGCUAUUGCUGGUGUAUGAGUACAUGGAAAACAACAGUUUAGCUCAAGCUUUAUUCAGUCCAAAGCAUAAACAGAUUCCCCUGGACUGGCCUACAAGGUUCAAGAUUUGCAGUGGGAUUGCAAAAGGUCUCGCGUUUCUCCAUGAGGAAUCACCUUUGAAGUUUGUACACAGAGACAUCAAGGCCACUAAUAUUUUACUGGACAAGGAUCUUACUCCCAAGAUAUCUGAUUUCGGAUUGGCUAGGCUCGAUGAAGAGGAGAAUACACAUGUCAGCACCAAAGUCGCUGGGACUAUAGGAUACAUGGCACCAGAAUACGCACUGUGGGGUUACUUAUCUUUCAAAGCAGAUGUCUACAGCUUCGGUGUUUUGGUUCUAGAGAUCGUCGCUGGCAUAAACAACAGUAGUUUCAUGGCGGCACAAGAUUCAGUCUGCCUCUUGGAAUGGGCUACUGAGUGUGAAGAGUCAGGGCACUUGAUGCAAGUGGUGGAUGAGAGAUUGAGACCUGAAGUGUACAAGAAAGAAGCAGAGGCAGUUAUAAAAGUGGCUCUCGUGUGCACGAGCGCUUCGCCAAAUGAUCGUCCUAUAAUGUCAGAGGUGGUUGCUAUGCUCGAAGGUAUGUAUCCAGUGCCGGAGUCAAUCCCGGGAUCAAGUAAGAAGUCAGGGGAUGUAAGGUUUAAGGCGUUUAAAGAUGUAAGGAAAGGCAUGGAGAGCAACAGUAAGAACACUGUUAGUAGUUAUCAAUCUUCUUCUUCUUCUUCUACUCAUGUGGAUGGACAUGAAGUUCAAGAAAGAAAGAGCUAG